ACUGAACUCCUGACUGAUAGAUGGGCCAUCGCUGGGGUCAAGAUUGAUUUUUGUGCUUUGGCAUAAUUCACUUUUUUAAUGCAUUUGAAUGAUAACAGACCAUGGAAGAAGGUCCUCUACCUGUGUUGACCAUCCCAACAGCUCCUUACAAUGACCAGAAACCAGGAACCAGUGGAUUACGGAAGAAGACCUCCUAUUUUGAAUCCAAGAUGAACUAUUUGCAGAAUUUUAUCCAGAGCAUUUUUUAUUCCAUAGACCUAAGAGAUCGACAAGGAUCUUCUCUGGUAGUUGGAGGUGAUGGGAGAUACCUUAAUAAGUCUGCAGUGGAACUGAUAGUCCAAAUGGCUGCUGCCAAUGGGAUCGGCCGCUUGGUGAUCGGGCAGCAUGGGAUCCUCUCCACCCCAGCUGUGUCCUGCAUCAUCAGGAAAAUCAAAGCCAUUGGGGGCAUCAUUCUGACAGCCAGCCACAACCCUGGGGGGCCCAACGGGGAUUUUGGCAUUAAAUUCAAUAUUGCCAAUGGAGGUCCUGCUCCUGAGGCUAUCACAGACAAAAUUUUCCAAAUCAGCAAACAAAUUGAAGAGUAUGCAAUCUGCCCAGAUCUCCAGGUGGACCUGAGCACCAUUGGGAAACAGCAGUUUGACUUGGAGAACAAAUUUAAACCAUUUACAGUGGAAAUUGUGGAUUCAGUAGAAGCUUAUGCAAAUAUGCUGAGGAACAUCUUUGACUUCAGUGCAUUAAAAGAACUGCUCUCAGGGAAAAACCAGCUGAAGAUUCGCAUCGAUGCUAUGCACGGAGUUGUGGGCCCAUAUGUAAAGAAGAUCCUGUGUGAGGAGCUUGGAGCCCCAGCAAAUUCAGCUGUGAACUGCACACCAUUAGAAGACUUUGGUGGCCACCAUCCUGACCCCAACUUAACAUAUGCUGCUGACCUGGUCCAGACCAUGAAGACAGGAGAAUAUGACUUUGGAGCUGCCUUUGAUGGAGAUGGGGAUCGCAACAUGAUUCUUGGCAAACAUGGCUUUUUUGUCAACCCCUCAGACUCCGUCGCUGUCAUCGCUGCCAACAUUUUCAGCAUCCCUUAUUUCCAGCAGACUGGAGUCCGGGGCUUUGCCCGCAGCAUGCCCACCAGUGGGGCUCUGGAUAGGGUGGCCCAUGCUACAAAGAUUGCUUUGUAUGAAACUCCAACUGGCUGGAAGUUCUUUGGGAAUUUGAUGGAUGCAAACAAACUGUCUCUGUGUGGAGAGGAAAGUUUUGGUACUGGCUCUGACCACAUCCGUGAGAAGGAUGGGCUCUGGGCUGUCCUGGCCUGGCUCUCCAUACUGGCCACCCGCAAGCAGAGUGUGGAGGACAUCAUGAAGGAUCACUGGCAGAAAUAUGGCAGGAACUUCUUCACCAGAUACGACUAUGAAGAGGUGGAUGCAGAUGCUGCUAACAAAAUGAUGAAGGAUUUGGAGGCUUUGAUGUUUGACCGUUCCUUUGUGGGGAAACAGUUAUCCUCUGGUGACAAGGUCUACACAGUGGAGAAGGCAGAUAACUUUGAGUACAAUGAUCCUGUGGAUGGAAGUGUCUCGAGAAACCAGGGCUUGAGGCUCAUCUUCUCCGAUGGCUCCCGCAUCAUCUUCAGGCUCAGUGGGACCGGCAGCGCUGGAGCAACCGUGAGGCUCUACAUUGACAGCUAUGAGAAAGAUGCUCAGAAGAUACAUGAAGACCCCCAGGUGAUGUUGGCUCCUCUCAUUUCCAUCGCCCUCAAACUUUCCCAGCUCCACGAACGAACCGGCCGCAACGGUCCCACUGUCAUAACAUAAAGGUUUGGGUCAGCCACACCACCCCGGAGUGUACCCCGGGUGAAGGGACUCUCACCCCUUCUCCCCUUUUUAUUGGCAAACCUCUCACGAAAAGAAGAAUGUUAAUUUAAUUUCUCUGCUUAAGAACACUGCUGAACUGCUAAGGAUAGACAAUAAAACCCAGCCCCUGGCAACACUCUGCGUGCACCUUGCUGUGCUGCUUCUCUGCGUCGCGCGGCACUGCUGCCAGGUUGUAUGUGGUGCUUUUUUUUGGUUGAGCCACAUGUGCUUUUCUUUUUUUUUUUUUUUUUUUUCUUAGACAAAAGGCCUUAGAAAUAACAAAGUCAAAAUCACCAAUAGCAAAGGCUUGUUGGUUUGGGUUUUUUUCUAUCUCAAACUUGUCCAGAAAAAAAGCGUAAAUACACGAUCCUUGUUAAUAUUUAACUCUUUUUAAAUGUGAUGCCUCUGAAUAAGCAGUGCCUGUGGGGUAAGGCUGUGUUUUGCUUACGUGGAUUUUCCCCUUUCAAAGCCAAAUUAUGUAAAUUGACAUCCCUUUGCUGGCUGUAUAAGAAAAAAAAAAAAACCACAACAAACCCACUACCCAGAAAUGAGCAGUAAGCAUUGCAGGAUAUUAAAGUGAUACGAGCUACAA